CCUGGGCGGCGAGCGAAGAAGCCGGACAAAGUGAGGGGGAGAAGGCCGGCUGGCCCGGGGUGCCCGGGGACCCCGGGAAGUGGGGUGCUCGCCGGGGGGCUGCCCUGGAGCCAGCGCCCCGCGGGCAGCAUGGGAGCGGGGCUGAACUGGCCCUGCUGGGGGCUCAGCCUGCGCCCUAGGGCUCCCCCGAUGCGCCCCCGCCGGUGCCCCCCGGCUGCGUGAGGACCCCUCCUCCGAGGGGCGCCCUUGCCCCUCUCCGAACCCCUGGGCCCCGGCUGGCCGAGGAUGGACGAGGAGGAGGAUGGCGCGGGCGCCGAGGAGUCGGGACAGCCCCGGAGCGCCCUUCGGCUCAACGACCUGUCCGGGGCCGGGGUCCGGCCGGGGCCGGGGUCGGCGGAGAAGGACCCGGGCAGCGCGGACUCCGAGGCCGAGGGGCUGCCGUACCCGGCGCUGGCCCCCGUGGUUUUCUUCUACUUGAGCCAGGACAGCCGCCCGCGGAGCUGGUGCCUCCGCACGGUCUGUAACCCCUGGUUCGAGCGGAUCAGCAUGCUGGUCAUCCUUCUCAACUGCGUGACCCUGGGCAUGUUCCGGCCAUGCGAGGACAUCGCCUGCGACUCCCAGCGCUGCCGGAUCCUGCAGGCCUUUGAUGACUUCAUCUUUGCCUUCUUCGCCGUGGAAAUGGUGGUGAAGAUGGUGGCCUUGGGGAUCUUCGGGAAGAAGUGUUACCUGGGAGACACUUGGAACCGGCUCGACUUUUUCAUUGUCAUCGCUGGGAUGCUGGAGUACUCGCUGGACCUGCAGAACGUCAGCUUCUCAGCUGUCAGGACAGUCCGUGUGCUGCGCCCGCUCAGGGCCAUUAACCGGGUGCCCAGCAUGCGCAUCCUUGUCACGCUGCUGCUGGACACCUUGCCCAUGCUGGGCAACGUCCUGCUGCUCUGCUUCUUCGUCUUCUUCAUCUUCGGCAUCGUCGGCGUCCAGCUGUGGGCAGGGCUGCUUCGCAACCGCUGCUUCCUGCCCGAAAAUUUCAGCCUGCCCCUGAGCGUGGACCUGGAGCCGUACUACCAGACGGAGAACGAGGACGAGAGCCCGUUCAUCUGCUCGCAGCCGCGCGAGAACGGCAUGCGCUCCUGCAGGAGCGUGCCCACGCUGCGCGGGGAGGGCGGCGGCGGCCCGCCCUGCGGCCUGGAUUACGAGGCUUACAACAGCUCCAGCAAUACCACCUGCGUCAACUGGAACCAGUACUACACCAACUGCUCGGCGGGCGAGCACAACCCCUUCAAGGGCGCCAUCAACUUUGACAACAUCGGCUAUGCCUGGAUCGCCAUCUUCCAGGUCAUCACGCUGGAGGGCUGGGUGGACAUCAUGUACUUUGUGAUGGACGCGCAUUCCUUCUACAACUUCAUCUACUUCAUCCUCCUCAUCAUUGUGGGCUCCUUCUUCAUGAUCAACCUGUGCCUGGUGGUGAUUGCCACGCAGUUCUCGGAGACCAAGCAGCGGGAGAGCCAGCUGAUGCGGGAGCAGCGCGUGCAGUUCCUGUCCAAUGCCAGCACCCUGGCCAGCUUCUCUGAGCCGGGCAGCUGCUACGAGGAGCUGCUCAAGUACCUGGUGUACAUCCUCCGCAAGGCAGCCCGCAGGCUGGCCCGGCUCUCUCGGGCCGCAGGCGUGCGGGCCGGGCUCCUGAGCAGCCCAGUGGCCCUCGGGGGUCAGGAGCCUCAGCCCAGCAGCAGCUGCUCCCGAGCACGCCGUCGGCUGUCCGUGCACCACUUGGUGCACCACCACCACCACCACCACCACCACUACCACCUGGGCAACGGGACGCUCAGGGCCCCCCGGGCCAGCCCAGAGAUCCAGGACAAGGGUGCCAACGGGUCCCGCCGGCUUAUGCUGCCACCACCCUCGACGCCCACCCUCGCCAGGCCCCCCCCUGGGGGUGCAGAGUCCGUGCAUAGCUUCUACCAUGCUGACUGCCACUUGGAGCCGGUCCGCUGCCAGGCACCCCCUCCCAGGUCCCCCUCCGAGGCCUCUGGCAGGACUGUGGGGAGCGGGAAGGUGUACCCCACUGUGCACACCAGCCCGCCACCAGAGAUGCUGAAGGAGAAGGCGCUUGUAGAGGUGGUCCCCAGCUCCGGGCCCCCUACCCUCACCAGCCUCAACAUCCCACCUGGGCCCUACAGCUCCAUGCACAAGCUGCUAGAGACACAGAGUACAGGCACCUGCCACAGCUCCUGCAAGUUCUCCAGCCCUUGCUCAAAGGCAGACAGUGCGGCCUGCGCUCCUGACAGCUGCCCCUACUGCGCCCGGACGGCGUCAGGAGAGCCGGAGCCCGGCGACCCGGAGAUGCCAGACUCCGACAGCGAGGCCGUGUAUGAGUUCACACAGGACGCCCAGCACAGCGACCUCCGAGACCCCCACAGCCGGCGGCGACGGAGCGCAGGCCUGGACGCAGAGCCCAGCCCCGUGCUGGCCUUCUGGAGGCUGAUCUGUGACACCUUUCGCAAGAUUGUGGACAGCAAGUACUUCGGCCGGGGGAUCAUGAUCGCUAUCCUGGUCAACACCCUCAGCAUGGGCAUCGAGUACCACGAGCAGCCCGAGGAGCUCACCAACGCCCUGGAAAUCAGCAACAUCGUCUUCACCAGCCUCUUUGCCCUGGAGAUGCUGCUGAAGCUGCUCGUGUAUGGCCCCUUUGGUUACAUCAAGAAUCCCUACAACAUCUUCGAUGGCGUCAUCGUUGUCAUCAGCGUGUGGGAGAUCGUGGGCCAGCAGGGGGGCGGCCUGUCGGUGCUGCGGACCUUCCGCCUGAUGCGGGUGCUGAAGCUGGUGCGCUUCCUGCCGGCGCUGCAGCGGCAGCUCGUGGUGCUCAUGAAGACCAUGGACAACGUGGCCACCUUCUGCAUGCUGCUCAUGCUCUUCAUCUUCAUCUUCAGCAUCCUGGGUAUGCAUCUGUUCGGCUGCAAGUUUGCAUCUGAGCGGGACGGGGACACGCUGCCAGACCGGAAGAAUUUUGACUCCCUGCUCUGGGCCAUCGUCACCGUCUUUCAGAUCCUGACCCAGGAGGACUGGAAUAAAGUCCUGUACAACGGCAUGGCCUCCACGUCGUCCUGGGCCGCCCUUUACUUCAUCGCCCUCAUGACCUUCGGCAACUAUGUGCUCUUUAAUCUGCUUGUCGCCAUUCUGGUGGAGGGCUUCCAGGCAGAGGAAAUCAGCAAACGGGAAGAUGCGAGUGGACAGUUAAGCUGUAUUCAGCUGCCUGUCGACUCCCAGGGGGGAGAUGCCACCAAGUCCGAGUCCGAACCCGAUUUCUUCUCGCCCAGCGUGGAGGGCGAUGGGGACAGGAAGAAGCAGUUGGCCUUGGUGUCCCUGGGACAGCACCCAGAGCUGCGGAAGGGCCUGUUGCCACCACUCAUCAUCCACACGGCCGCCACGCCCAUGUCCCUGCCCAAGAGCUCCAGCACAGGCCUGGGGGAGGCGCUGGGCUCUGGGUCCUGCCGUACCAGCAGCAGCGGGUCUGCCGAGCCUGGGGCCGCCCACGACAUGAAGUCGCCGCCCAGCGCCCGCAGCUCCCCACACAGCCCCUGGAGUGCAGCCAGCAGCUGGACCAGCAGGCGCUCAAGCCGAAACAGCCUGGGCCGAGCCCCCAGCCUGAAGCGAAGGAGCCCUAGCGGGGAGCGGAGGUCUCUGCUGUCUGGUGAGGGCCGGGAAAGCCAGGAUGAGGAUGAGAGCUCAGAGGAGGAGCGGGCCAGCCCUGCAGGCAGUGACCGUCAUGCAAGGGGCUCCCUGGAGCGGGAGGCCAAGAGCUCCUUCGACCUACCAGACACGCUGCAGGUGCCCGGGCUGCACCGCACAGCCAGCAGCCGGAGCUCUGCCUCUGAGCACCAGGACUGCAAUGGCAAGUCGGCUUCCGGGCGCCUGGCCCGUGCCCUGCGGCCUGAUGACCCCCCGCUGGACGGCGAUGAUGGCGAUGAUGAGGGCAACCUGAGCAAAGGGGAACGAAUCCGGGCCUGGAUCCGCGCCCGGCUGCCUGCCUGCUGCCGCGAGCGGGACUCCUGGUCGGCCUACAUCUUCCCUCCACAGUCCAGGUUCCGCCUUCUGUGUCACCGGAUCAUCACCCACAAGAUGUUCGACCACGUGGUCCUCGUCAUCAUCUUCCUCAACUGUAUCACCAUUGCCAUGGAGCGCCCCAAAAUUGACCCCCACAGUGCUGAACGCAUCUUCCUGACCCUGUCCAAUUACAUCUUCACCGCCGUCUUUCUGGCUGAAAUGACAGUGAAGGUGGUGGCGCUGGGCUGGUGCUUCGGGGAGCAGGCGUACCUGCGCAGCAGCUGGAAUGUGCUCGACGGGCUGCUGGUGCUCAUCUCUGUCAUCGACAUCCUGGUGUCCAUGGUCUCCGACAGCGGCACCAAGAUCCUGGGCAUGCUGAGGGUGCUGCGGCUGCUGCGGACCCUGCGCCCGCUCAGGGUAAUCAGCCGGGCCCAGGGGCUGAAGCUGGUGGUGGAGACGCUGAUGUCCUCCCUGAAGCCCAUCGGCAACAUUGUGGUCAUCUGUUGUGCCUUCUUCAUCAUUUUCGGCAUCCUGGGGGUGCAGCUCUUCAAAGGGAAGUUCUUUGUGUGCCAGGGCGAGGACACCAGGAACAUCACCAACAAGUCCGACUGUGCUGAGGCCAGUUACCGGUGGGUCCGGCACAAGUACAACUUUGACAACCUCGGCCAGGCCCUGAUGUCCCUGUUCGUGCUUGCCUCCAAGGACGGUUGGGUGGACAUCAUGUACGACGGGUUGGAUGCUGUGGGCGUGGACCAGCAGCCCAUCAUGAACCACAACCCCUGGAUGCUGCUCUACUUCAUCUCGUUCCUGCUCAUCGUGGCCUUCUUCGUCCUGAACAUGUUCGUGGGCGUGGUGGUCGAGAACUUCCACAAGUGCCGGCAGCACCAGGAGGAGGAGGAGGCGCGGCGGCGCGAGGAGAAACGACUUCGGAGGCUGGAGAAAAAGAGAAGGAGUAAGGAGAAGCAGAUGGCCGAUCUAAUGCUGGACGAUGUAAUUGCUUCCGGCAGCUCAGCCAGCGCUGCGUCAGAAGCCCAGAGCAAACCCUACUACUCCGACUACUCCCGCUUUCGGCUUCUCGUCCACCACCUGUGUACCAGCCACUACCUGGACCUCUUCAUCACAGGUGUCAUCGGGCUGAAUGUGGUCACCAUGGCUAUGGAACAUUACCAGCAGCCCCAGAUCCUGGACGAGGCUCUGAAGAUCUGCAACUACAUCUUCACGGUCAUCUUCGUCUUGGAGUCAGUUUUCAAACUGGUGGCCUUUGGCUUCCGCAGGUUCUUCCAGGACAGGUGGAACCAGCUGGACCUGGCCAUCGUGCUGCUGUCCAUCAUGGGCAUCACGCUGGAGGAGAUUGAGGUCAACGCCUCGCUGCCCAUCAACCCCACCAUCAUCCGCAUCAUGAGGGUGCUGCGCAUUGCCCGAGUGCUGAAGCUGUUGAAGAUGGCCGUGGGCAUGCGGGCGCUGCUUGACACGGUGAUGCAGGCCCUGCCCCAGGUGGGGAACCUGGGACUUCUCUUUGUGCUGUUGUUUUUCAUCUUUGCAGCUCUGGGUGUGGAGCUCUUCGGAGACCUGGAGUGUGACGAGACACACCCCUGCGAGGGCCUGGGGCGGCAUGCCACCUUCCGGAACUUUGGCAUGGCCUUCCUGACCCUCUUCCGCGUCUCCACGGGUGACAACUGGAAUGGCAUCAUGAAGGACACCCUCCGGGACUGUGACCAGGAGUCCACCUGCUACAACACCGUCAUCUCGCCCAUCUACUUCGUGUCCUUCGUGCUCACAGCCCAGUUCGUGCUGGUCAACGUGGUGAUCGCCGUGCUCAUGAAGCACCUGGAAGAAAGCAACAAGGAGGCCAAGGAAGAGGCCGAGCUGGAGGCUGAGCUGGAGCUGGAGAUGAAGACCCUCAGCCCGCAGCCCCAUUCGCCACUUGGGAGUCCCUUCUUCUGGCCUGGGGUCCAGGGUCCCGACAGCCCCAAGUCCAGGGCCCCAUACAAGGCAGCCCACUCCCUCGAGCACCCCACGGACGGACAGCUGUUUGACACCAUCUCCCUGCUGAUCCAGGGCUCCCUGGACGGGGAGCUGAAGCUGAUGGACGAGCUGGCGGGCCCAGGGGGCCAGCCUUCGGCCUUCCCCUCCGCCCCCAGCCCGGGCGGCUCCGACCCACAGAUCCCUCUAGCUGAGAUGGAGGCGCUGUCUCUGACGUCAGAGAUUGUGUCUGAACCGUCCUGCUCUCUAGCUCUGACGGAUGACUCUUUGCCUGAUGACUCUCACACACUCUUACUUAGUGCCCCGGAGAGCGGUGUACAUGCAUACGCCCCUCAUGCCCCCCUGGCCAGCCGGGCCGGGCUGGCUGCAAGGCUCCAGAUGGAGCCCCACCCUGAAGAGGCGCCCGGUGCCCAGGGGCCAGACUUGCUGACCGUGCGGAAGUCUGGGGUCAGCCGGACGCACUCUCUGCCCAACGACAGCUACAUGUGCCGGGAUGGGAGCACGGCUGAGGCGUCCCUAGGACACAGAGGCUGGGGGCUCCCCAAAGCCCAGUCAGGCUCCAUCCUGUCCGUGCACUCUCAGCCUACAGACACCAGCUACAUCCCACAGCUUCCCAAAGACGCACCCCACAUGCUCCAGCCCCGCAGCGCCCCCACCUGGGGCGCCAUCCCUAAGCUGCCCCCACCUGGCCGCUCCCCUUUGGCUCAGAGGCCCCUCAGGCGCCAGGCAGCAAUACGGACCGAUUCCUUGGAUGUGCAGGGCCUGGGCAGCCGGGAAGACCUGCUGUGCGAGGUAAGCGGGCCCUCGCCGCCUCUGGCCCGCUCCUCCUCUUUCUGGGGCCGCUCGAGCGUCCAGGUGCAGCACCACUUCCGCAGCCUGAGCAAGGUCUCCAAACACAUCCCUCCGCCAGCCCCUUGCCUAGGCCUAGAGCCCCACCAGGGCAAGGGCCCUCCAGAGACCAGAAGCAGCCUAGAGCUGGACACGGAGCUGAGCUGGGUUUCAGGAGACCUCCUGGCCGUCGGCAGCCAGGAGGAGCCCGCUUCCCCACGCGACCUGAAGAAGUGCUACAGCGUAGAGGCCCAGAGCUGCCGGCGCCGGCCUGCGUCCUGGCUGGAUGAGCAGAGGAGACACUCUAUCGCCGUCAGCUGCCUGGACAGCGGCUCCCAGCCCCGCCUGGGACCAGACCCCGCCAGCCUUGGGGGCCAGCCUCUCGGGGGGCCAGGGAGCCGGCCCAAGAAAAAACUCAGCCCGCCCAGUAUCUCCAUAGACCCCCCGGAGAGUCAAGGCCCUCGGCCCCCUCCCAGCCCUGGCGUCUGCCUCCGGAGGAGGGCGCCAUCCAGCGACUCCAAGGAUCCCUCGGCCUCCGGUCCUCCCGACAGCAUGGCUGCCUCACCCUCCCCAAAGAAAGACGUGCUGAGCCUCUCGGGUUUGUCCUCUGACCCGGCAGACUUGGACCCCUGAGUCCCGCCCUUGUCCCACUCACCUUUCUCCACUGGGUGCAAUUCCUAGCCCUCCUCCUGGGCCGUAUUCCUGAAAAAGUCCCACGUAGACACCAAGGAAGGAGCCCUCCCCGCCUCCGCGCCCUAGGUACCUGCAGACGGGACCUCCGGAGGAUCCAAAGCCGCAGCCCCGGGAACUCGGGCUCCAGGCAGAGAGAGACAGAGAGAGACAGACAGAGAACGGCCCAGUGGUGGCUGAGUUCCCAACACCAGGAGCUGUUGGGGGAAAGCAAUACGUUUGUGCAGAAUCUCUAUGUAUAUUCUAUUUUAUUAAAUUAAUUGAAUCUAGUA